GCUGUGAUUACAUAUUUUGUUAAAUUGUACACAGACAAAGCCGAUGUCUGCCAGGGCGGGGGUGAUAGUAAGUGUUCUCAUGUCAUCGUGAUGGAUUGUGGGAAUAAAAAUAAACGCCCUUUUGCAUGCAGUCUUUAGACUUCCGUUUGAAAUGAUUGGAAGUGCACGCGCCUGUUUGUUAGAGUACAAAAAACAAAACUUGUUUUGAUCUGGGUCCGUAUUUUAAUCCGUUGGAAAAUGUGUAAUCGCUUUGACUGUACCGAAACAUCAUUGGAAUGUGUCCAAUUCUAUUAACGAAUGUAGGACACGUUUUGCUGGGUUUAUUAUGGAAAGCUAACUUUUUUUAAAACGUCCACAAGUCGUUAUGGAAGACAACUGUUAUAGUACAAAAAAAAAAAUGGUAGUCUUCUCUAACGGGACUGCCCGAAGGCUUUUAAGCAUCUCUCCAAAGGCAAAAGGGUAGAAUAAAAAAAAAAGUCUGCCCCUGCCACCUGUGUUAGCACCUGGCCUAUUUCCCCUUCUCGUGCCUUCUAUUAUUGCCACCCGUCCCAGUUCGAGCCGGACGAUCCAUUAUUUGGUUGGUGAAGUAGAGCGAGACUGUCCCGGAACAAGACACGUGCGGGAUAUGUUACACACUUUAUACAAACUUAAAUAAAGGGCUACUCAGAUAUUUCAACAACUUUUGUAUGCAGAACCAGGUUUUAGGAGAGCCUCGGAGGUUCAUCUUCGACUGGCUUUAAUGUUUAAAGUGCUCAAGCAGUAUGACAACAGCCUUAAGCAUUUUAAAUUAACUCUAGCAGACUCUAACCCCUGUAUUAGCUCCCAAGCUGAAAUAAAACUUCAUAUAGCUCACCUUUAUGAAAUUCAGGGUAAAAGCAAACAAGCCAAGGAGGCCUAUGAGCAGUUUAUUCAAGGAGAUAAUCUUACACCCACAUUAAAGGCUGCAGCUCUACGUCACCUAGGUUGGUUGUACUACACUGUAAGCCAACUGGCAGACAAAAACGUUCGGGAGAAUUUGGCAAUUCAACACCUGAAGGCCUCAGUUGACAUUGACUCCUCAAAUGGUCAAGCUUGGUAUUUGCUAGGCAGGUGUUUUUCUGGUGUAGGUCGAGUUCAUGAUGCCUUUGAUGCCUAUCGUCAGUCUAUUGACAAGUCAGAGGCAAAUGCUGACACUUGGUGCUCCAUAGGGGUGCUGUACCAGCAACAGAACCAGCCCAUGGAUGCCUUACAGGCCUACAUCUGUGCUGUACAACUUGACAAGUCUCACACUGCAGCCUGGGCAGAUCUUGGUGUCCUUUACGAGACCUGCAACCAGCCCAAUGAUGCGCUUACUUGUUAUCUGAAUGCUACAAGGAACUCUGAAUCUAAUUCUAAUUUGGCAGCAAAGAUAAAAUUUCUCCAACAGAAUUUAGCUAAUAUGCCUCUACAGCAUUUUCCAAACAAAAAUCAGACUCUGCCUAGUAUUGAGGAAGCUUGGAGACUUCCUAUCCCAGCUGAGCUAACAUCUAGGCAGGGCAACACAGGUCCAGCAGCUGUUCCUGGACGUGGACCAGGGACAGCUGCCCAAGAUUCAGAUUCACUGUAUGGAGAUGAUAAAAAGAAAAGGUUGAAGGCAAUGAAAAGGCCUUCUACUGAACCUCUAGAAAUGCCUCCUCCCCAUCCCCCUGCCACACUUUCCCAGCACCAACUGCACAUGAUGCAGCGUAUGGUGAGUAACCAGGCCAACCUCAACCCUACUCAGCAGACUCUCUUAAGGCAGCUCCAGGAACAACAUAUGUUGUCCCAGCAAUUUAAGCAGCAGUCAUCAACACUUUCAUCUCAAGGCAGAGUUGGUCAGCAAUGUGGACCGAACCCGCCAUCAUCCAGUUUGUCACCAUUGAACUUUGGUGGUCUCCCAGGAUUAAACACUAGUGCUACCAUCCAGCCUGGGCCUUUCCUCAACCCUCUUGAAACCAGUCCCUCCAAGCUGGAUGAAAAAUUUCAAUUCUCACCCCAGGACAUUGCCAUGGCCGAGGAUGUCCUGGCUGAGAUUGCUGGCAAGGGGAGCUCAUCAUUGUCCACUUCACCCAAGCUCGGCAUACCUUCUAGUGAAGGUGGGUCGUGCCCAUCAUCUACACCAUCAUCUGUGGACAACCUUCUUCAAGGCAGCAAAGACCACAAUGGUGGGUCCUUGAACUUAAACAAUAGCGGUGGUAUUCAGGGAAGGAUAACCCCGAGUGGCCAGGGGCGAGUGACUCCAAGCUCCACUUCUGUACAUUCCUCCUCACCCCAGGGCUCCACGCGUGGAGAUGGGGAAAGUAACUGCGAUGAGGAUGAUGAUGAACUUGCCAAGGACAGCAAGUACAAUAAAGAAAUAUUCACUGUUGCUGCCACCAAAGAGCUUGGACUCGUUUUGAAGCGCAGCUCAGCAGAUGCCUCCUUGCUUCAGAAAGAGACAAGACCUGCUGUUGUCACUCUGGAUAUUAAUAUGAGUGGAUCUAAAAUUAUUGAACUUUCCAAAGGUCAGGGCCUGAUUCACCCCAGCCUGAGCAGCAUUCUUGGAGAAGAUCACCCCCCACCUCACCCACCUUGUGCUCCAAGUCCACCUUUACCUAAAGACUCAUUGAACCCACCUACCCCUAGUGUCUAUCUUGACAACAAAAAAGAUGCUUUUUCCAUCCAAUUGCAGCAAUUUUGUCACCAGCAGCCUGUAGUAGUCAUUCGUGGAAUAGCUGGUGCUUUAAAAUUAGAUUUAGGUUUAUUUUCUACCAAGUCCUUAGUUGAAGCUAAUCCUGAUCAUCCUGUGGAAGUAAGAACACAGAAGCAGCAAGCCCCUGAUGAAAACUUUGACAACAAUGGUAAAAGGUUAUGGUAUUGUGAUAGUACAAGGGGAGUAACAACAGUGGCUAAAUAUGCUCAGUAUCAAGCUUCUUCAUUUCAGGAGUCAUUGAGGGAGGAACAAGAGAAAAGUAAAGGAGUUGUAAAAGACUCUGACAGUGAUUCUAAUUCCUCAUUAACUUCUAAAAGGAGAAAGUUUAAAACCAUCAAAUUUGGGACCAAUGUUGAUCUUUCUGAUGAGAAGAAAUGGAGAGUACAACUGCAUGAGCUGACCAAGCUACCAUCCUUUGCUCGAGUUGUAUCAGGGAACAACAUGCUCAGUCAUGUAGGACAUAGCAUUCUGGGCAUGAACACAGUCCAGUUGUAUAUGAAAGUACCUGGCUCCAGAACUCCAGGCCAUCAAGAGAACAACAAUUUCUGCUCAGUCAACAUCAACAUAGGACCAGGAGAUUGUGAGUGGUUCUCUGUUCCUGAACAAUAUUGGGGAGUCAUUCAGGACAUGUGUGAAAGGAAUGGAGUAAACUACCUGCAUGGCUCAUGGUGGCCCAUCUUGGAAGAUCUAUAUGAGGAAGAUGUACCUGUUUACAGAUUCAUCCAAAAACCUGGUGACCUUGUGUGGAUAGGACCAGGCACUGUGCAUUGGGUUCAGGCCAUUGGUUGGUGUAACAAUAUAGCUUGGAAUGUCGGGCCUCUGACCUACCGCCAGUACAUCCUAGGUGUGGAGAGGUAUGAAUACAACAAGCUUCAAAGCUACAAGUCCAUUGUACCAAUGAUCACCUUGUCCUGGAACCUCGCUCAGAAUGUUGGAUUCUCAGACCCAAAACUUUAUAAUGCUAUCAAGACUACCUUAAUGAGAUCUUUGCGCCAGGUUCGAAUGACACUAGACUUUGUUGAAGAUCUCAAGAAAGAAGUGAAAUGGCAUGGCCGAACAUCUGAUGAGCCAGCCCAUUACUGUGAAGAAUGUGAGAUUGAAGUUUUUAACAUUCUCUUUGUGACUGAAUGUGAUGGACAGUUUCUAGUCCACUGUCAGGACUGUGCUCGCAAGGCCAGUCCAACCCUCAACAACUUUGUUGUACUCAACCAGUAUACAUUAGAUGAGCUGAUCCAAAUCUAUGACCGGUUUAAAAUACACACAGAUCCCAUUGCGUCUGAAGGAACAUCUAGCUCAGAAGCAAAAGUAUCAGUGACUUCCCCUAUGUUAGCAAUCAUUCCCAUCUCUCCCAGCAAAGACACUAAGCUUAAUUCUGCUUUCUCCCAGCCCCAUCCUUACCCUGUUAGCAUUUGGCCUAAAAAGAAGGGGAGGGCAAAGCUUAGCUCUAAGUAAAGCCCCAUCAGGGUCACCAACAUUCCAUAUUUGGUAUGGGAAUGUACAGUUGAUCUAAAAGAAAGACAUCUUCAGAAAAAGAAACAAGACUGGCCCUGAGCUAUUUUUUGAAUAGUCCCACUGGUGCUUGUAGACCCCCUCCAGCUUACUGUCUCAAGUUGCUCUCCAACCAUCGUCUUAAUAGGUCCACAUUUGUUCAUUAGUACAAGUUUUUAAAUAUCAUUUGAACUUUGCAUCAUUUCACUUCUAGUUAUUUAGUCAGCAUUAUCCAAUGCCUUCCUUAGUUUAGUUGAAAUAAUAAUGGUUUGCUAGAUAGUGAUUAGACUUUUCAAUGUUGUACAUGAGACCAGUACAUAGAAAGGAUAUGGGGGCUAUUUUAGAGAGCUACUGAUUGCAAAGGUACUAGUGUCAAAUGCUAGUCUAGUUGGUGUACAUUUUAGAAAUGUGUAUUCUUUCCAGUGCUACAUGGUAUCGCUAAAGACAGAAUGGUUGGGAUAGAAUGGUUAUCUGACACCAUUAUAGACAGAUGGUAUGAGACUUCAUUUUGCCCCUGACACUGGUUCCGGCAGAAUACCUAGAUCAUACAUGGUGACCUGACACCAUUUAAAAUAAAAUAGGUAUAUGCCUCUGGUUUAGACAGAUUGAGUACCUGAGACCGGUUGAAACAAAAUGAGUACCUGAGACCGGUUGAAACAAAAUGAGUACCUGUUCCAGUAUGGACAAAAUGAGUACUUUGCUUUUUGGUUUUGGACAGUAAGAGAAGCACUGCCGGUUUGGACAGGAUGAAUGUUAAGCCGGUUGGUAAAAACUUUUCUCUGGCUCAAAAGGAGUGUGUAUCAUUAUUUGGAGAUCAUUGGGCCCCAUUAGAUUGUAAUGUCCAAAUAUUUUGCUAUAAUUAGUAACUUCUCCCAGCUUCUUCAAACAUUUCACUUGGAUAGAUCUAUGGAGAUCUUGAUCAUGUCUAUCAACAUUAGAUAGGAUGUCCAAAAGGUUAUUUCAAAUUCUAAUCUAGCUGGCAAAGAUUUAGUUGACUCCCAGACUCUCUCCCCCUCCAUUUGUGGAAAAAUGUUGGGCCAUUUGGUGUGCCAUAUAAACUUAGAAUCAGCUGCUCUCCAAAGUCUGAAUACAAUGUUCAAUGCAUAAUGAAAGAUACAGGCACAGAUUAUUUUCCAAAGGAAAUCUGUAAUGGUGGUCAGUAAUCAGUACUUCCAUGUCUGUGAUUGGUUAGAGAAGAGCACUCUUUGAGCUGAAUGACACUAUCCCACCUUGUCCUGACUUGUGUAAGCUAUGAAUACAACACAUAUCUGUGAAUGGUUUGUUUAAUAAACUAAUAUGUCAACAAUGACAAACUGAUGGUCGUAAUGUCCUGGUUUUAUUUAUUUCAAUAUUUUUAAUGUAUUGUUUUUAACUAAGAUUCAAUGAUUUGACAUAAUGGCCACAUAAAAGCAGAUAGAUAUUUUUAUGCCUUGAUCUAAGAUUUGAUUUAGUGACAAGUCUGGGGGUGUGAAUGUUUUCAAAUGCUGCUCGGAUCUUUGGCUUAACCUUAGUCCCUUGGAUGUCUGAGUGGAUGUUUUAUAUUUUAUAAAUAAGAACUUUGCUCAAUUCUUUAGCAGACAUCUUUUUUAAUCUGUAAAUUAUUUUAUUUAGAUUAUUAUUAUAACUUUUAUUAUUACAACUAUUUUUUAAAUUGUUCAUUACCUCAUGAUAAAAUGCUAAACUGACAUAGUGACAUUGAUUAGUUUAGCUUGGAAAGAAAUGAUUCAUUGUAACAGGAGCCUGUUCAACCAAGUGCCCUGGGCAUCUUUAGGUCAUACAGUACUGCUUAUAUUCUAGUGAAUGAGCUAGCCUUCUUGUAUAAGGUGUUUUUUUUUUUAAGAUUUGUAUUAUUUUUGCUGGUACUAUUUAUUUAUUCCGUUGUAUGGUCAAAUAAAAGUUAUUUAUUAAUUCUAUUGUAUGGUUAAUAUAAGUUAUUUAUUCUUCUGAUAGAAAACAUAAUGGCUGGGUGUCAGUUUGUCUGUGCAUGAAGCUGAUAUGUUUAGUCAGGUAUUCUUUGAAUCACAUUGUAACUGAUACACUGUCAGCUUAUGGAGAUAUUGACUUAAAUGUCCAUUGUAUUUAUUUUUUUUUUUUAGCACCAACACAUCAGCCUCAUUGCCUCCCCUCCCCCCCCCCCCAACACAAACACUCACACAAAUUGAUAACAAUUCUGACAAAUGGCAUUUUUUUUUUCUUUCAAAUCUUCUGUGGCAGCAUAAAUUACAAUCUAGCUGUACAGGCCAAAUGGCAUAAACCAUCAAAGACUUGUAUAUUAUCAUGAAUCACCAUUGAUAAACAAUAAAGUCAAGUUCGACUAUUUCAACUGACAUGUCUGCUUAUAUUCUCAAGUUGCUCUUAAAUUAUUUAUUUGAAUUGAAUGGUCAGUAUGUUUUUAACAGCAGACUGUAUUACGCACAAUAGUUUGAUUUGAUCUACAUAGAUGUCAUUAUUUAUUGCCUUUAUAUUUGACCAGCCAGUGAAUGUUUCGACACAAGUUUUUACAUCCUAAAAUCUGUAUGGACCUAUAUUUUUAAAGUUUUAGGGCAAUGCUUAUUACAAAUUUUUCUUUAAAUCUACCUAGAUAUAUAGUUUAUGGUAUUUUAAUGCCCAAAUUUGUGAAUGAAUCUGUGAAAAUGUUGCUUUUAUUGGAACAGAUGGAACUUUUGAAUGACUGGUUGCUAGAACAUUUAUAAUUGAGGGGGAAAAAAAGGCAAUCAGCACAACAUUUGAGAUUUUCUGUUUGCUUGAAUUCAGCACAGAAACUGAUCUAAAGCGGAUUGCACACCUUGAGUUUCCCCCACUUUGAAAUGACAAAUUGACUUCUUAUUGGUUAGAGAUUUGAUGAACUCUUGUUCUACUGUUUUAGCAGCAAAGAGUGAAGUGGAACUCUCUCUUGCUCAUUGUAACCUGUUGUAAAUAGAUGUAAAUAAGUCCACUCAUUGAAAUGGAACCUACUAACAGUGGACACAUGGUAUGAGAGUGACCCUCCCCCCCCCCCCCCCUUUAUUUGAUCUCAUUUUCUUCAUAUUAAGCCAUAGGAGUCUUUUUCCAAAAUAUUUUGGUUGACUCCCCCCUACUGCAUGUGGAUAGGAUUUAGUGCAGCAACUAACUGGUCAAUUCAUUCUAUUUGUACUGUUAUGUUCAAUGUCAUGUGACAAUUUAUGAAUAUAUGGUAGGUGAGUGCCUCUAGAUAAUUUGAGGGAACCUCUAGUGUUACUCUUUAAAAAUAUUUCUACUAUUUAUUAAAUCAAAGUAGGUUUUAGUUUGAAAGCUAUCUCUUCGUUAAUAGAGAAGACAGUGUGUGUGUGUGUGUCCAAACACUUCUCGUACAGUUUGUAGAUUUCUCUUGAAACUUUGUACAGCAUGACCUUCACCUCAACUGUGCAUCACUUUUGUUUUGAAAUGUCUUUUCCAUGUUUUGUUUUUUCAAAUCACGUUUAUAAAAUUGAAAUAUUUUUUUAAGGUAGAAUUUCUAUAAUGAUAAAUUUGUAAUCAGAAACAAAUCAAACAAAUCAAUCACUGAUCAAUUAUUUCUGUAGGCUCUACUUGCUCUGUGUCAUUCAAAAUAAAAUGUUUCAAUGCCUAUCACUGUACUUUUUUUUUUUUACCAUGACAUUUUUCUUCUGUUUUUUUUGUUUUGAGGUGAACGAAAAUAAAAUAUGUAUAUCUUAAAA